GGUGGCCGGGGGUCAGUUCCGGGUAGUCAAGGAGCCCCUGGGUUUCGUGAAGGUGCUGCAAUGGGUCUUUGCCAUCUUCGCCUUUGCCACAUGCGGCAGCUACAGUGGGGAGUUCCGGCUGAGUGUGGAGUGUGCCAACAAGACUGAGAGUGACCUCAACAUCGAGGUCAAGUUCGAGUACCCUUUCAGGCUGCACCAAGUGUACUUUGAAGCACCCACCUGCCAAGGGGGCACCAAUAAGGUCUUCCUGGUAGGAGACUACUCCUCGUCAGCCGAAUUCUUUGUCACAGUGGCUGUGUUUGCCUUCCUCUACUCUAUGGGGGCUCUGGCCACCUACAUCUUCCUACAGAACAAGUACCGAGAGAACAACAAAGGACCCAUGCUGGACUUUCUGGCUACAGCAGUGUUUGCCUUUAUGUGGCUGGUUAGCUCAUCGGCAUGGGCCAAGGGGCUGUCAGAUGUGAAGAUGUCCACAGACCCAGAGAACAUUAUCAAGGAGAUGACCAUCUGCCGCCAGGCAGGGAACUCAUGCAAGGAGCUGAGGGACCCUGUGACCUCUGGCCUCAGCACUUCAGUGGUGUUUGGCUUCUUGAACCUGGUGCUCUGGGUCGGCAACCUAUGGUUCGUGUUCAAGGAGACAGGCUGGGCCGCCCCGUUCCUGCGCUCGCCCCCUGGCGCACCCGAGAAGCAGCCAGCGCCCGGGGACACAUACGGCGAGGCAGGCUACGGACAGGGCCCCGGCGGGUAUGGGCCCCAGGACUCCUACGGGCCCCAAGGCGGUUACCAGCCAGAUUACGGGCAGCCAGCCGGUGGCGGCGGGGGCUACGGGCCCCAAGGCGAUUAUGGGCAGCAAGGCUACGGUCCGCAGGGUGCGCCCACUUCCUUCUCCAAUCAAAUGUAACCUGGUGAGUGA